AUGAAGGUAUUUUUUUCUGGCCAUCUACUCUUAAACAACAUGGUUAUGUGGGAUUUGGUUGUUUGCCCAAUAACUGGAUCGCUGCUUACAGUGGGGGCUGAUGGUCAGUUAAAUUUGUCUUUAACAGGCAGACUCCUUCCUGCUUGUAAGCAGAGGCAGUUCAAUUUUGGUGGAAUUCGCACGCUGCUUUCUUUAAAAAAGAAAAGGAAAGACGUCAAUAGUCAGGUUAGUCGUGAAGAAUCUGCGACCUAUAGCUUGGAUUUGCGUUUUGAAUCGUUGAAUCGUCUGGCAGUAAGUGAAGUCAAGGGGAAAGUUGCUAUUUGCGGGGGUGAAGCAGGUCUACUUUUCUUUACUUUGUUUUAG